UUGGAUCACAACUGCAGCAAAGUGUCCGCCCGGAUCAAAAGAGAAAGCAAAAAGAGACCAUUGCUUUUUUUUUUUCUGAAAAUGUUUGCUAUUCUUUUUCUUCAUGUUGGAACCAUUGCAACCUCAGCAGCUCUCCCUGGAGUGAAUCUUGAUUGUACCAACAAUGGUGAGAGGCUGAUGACAUGUCACUUUGAGGCUCAAAAUUGCACUGACUACAAUGUGUCUCUCUGGAGCAACGAUGGGUAUGGUGAGCGCUACUGUCUUCCUGUUCAGUCUGCGAGUGGAAAAUGUUGCUGCUCCGUCGAUAUGACUCUGGUUUCAGGCGAGACUCACCUGGCAUCUCUUCGGAGAGGCGGAAAAGAUGUGGAAUCCAAAAACAUCUCGGUUAAUUACCACGUAAAACCCAAUACCCCAACAAUUGUCUCAGUGAAGGAGUCAAAUGGGAAUGUUGUAGUGAAGUGGAGGUCAAACAUCCAUAGAAGCAGUUUAAGGGAAGACAUUAUGACAAAUGUGACCUAUCGCAAAGAAGGAGACACAAAAGAGGUGUCUGAAAUUGUCAGGGUUCUAACAGCAGAUGAGCCGUGUUUCCUUGAAAUACUCGGUGAACACUUGGCGCCCAGCACAACAUAUGUGGUCACCGCGCAGAAUUUUCUGGAACGCGGAUACCAGCCGAGCGACCGCAGCGAGGAGUACAGAUUUACGAGCCCACCAUCACCUCAGCGCUUACUAGUGGCAGUCAUCGUCAGCCUCAGCCUGGUAGCCGUCAUUGCCACCUGUGCGACGUAUGGCUGUUACGUGAAGUGUCGAGCCAAGUACUGGGACUCGGUCGGCGAUUAUCAAAAUUCCAAACUUCUCGAUUUAAAUCGUAGUGAACAAGAGGUUUUGAAGCCUACAGCGCCCAUCAUAUCAUCUAUCUAUGUUGAGCCGCCCAACGAUGACAUCAAAUCAUGGUCAAAAGGUUCCAGCACAGAGAGCCUCGUUCAAAGCAGCGGAAUCAGCAGCGGCCCGUCUUCUCUCAGUGGCACGUGCACAGAAGCCGUUGACAUUAUCACGGGUGUCCAGGAGGCGAUCAGCAAAGCCCUGAUGAACAUCAGCCCAAUGUCACUGUCGACCAACCAUCCCCUAACCAGUAGUCUACCGCCCGCUCGCCUCAGUCCCUGCAAUCGCGAGAGAUAUUUAGGUUCAUACGACUGUGACAAUACAACAACAUACUCCUCCAUCGUGCCAAGCUGUCCACCCCAGAUGAAGACCGAACAGUCCCAGUCUGAAACAAUGUGUCAAUUUGAGUACCAAGAAGCAGGUGUCACGUCCACCGGCCCCGACAAGCAAGCGUCGUCUUGCGAAGACAUGGCAUUACCAACCAUGAUUUCGUCUUACAUACUGACUGGCACGUCUUGCCAGCAGGGCACUCGAGACUCUUGGAGAUUUUCACACUCUGACGAGUCCCUCAACUGCAGCAAAGCAAGCCUGAAUGGAGACGUCGAAUCCAAAACGUGGGACGGACACAAGAGCCUCAAGCAGAUGUUUGCAGGUGAUGAUGACGGCAGUCUUCCGGUCUGUAGCAACUACCAAACGUUUCAGGGUUUAAGGAUGCACUCUGGCAUUUUGUUUGUUGACUUGAAAAGUAGUGGAAAAAGUGAGAACUUUGGGAAGUUUUCACAAAAAACAGAAGAUGCCAUUAAAGGUGAUACGGCUGACAGCUUCACCCUUGCAAGAUCACAAGAGAGUCUUCUGGUGCAUGGCGACUACCGAGCAUUUCAGGGUUUAGUGAAACAGCCUGGUGCUAAGAUUGCAGAUCAGAGAAGUGUUGGCAAAGACGAAGACUUGGAGAAAUUUCUAGAAACAACAGAAGAUGCCAGUAAAAGCAAUAAGGUUGACGGCUUCAUGCUUGCAAGAUCACAAGAGAGUCUUCUGGUGCAUGGCGACUACCAAGCAUUUCAGGGUUUAGUGAAACAGCCUGGUGCUAAGAUUGCAGACCAAAAAUGUGCUGGCAAAGAUGAAGACUUGGAGAAGUUUCUAGAAACAACAGAAGAUACCAGUAAAGUUGAUAAAGCUGACAGCUUCAUGCUCGCAAGAUCACAAGAUAGUCUUCCAGGAGACGACGACUACCGAGCAUUUCAAGGUUUAGUGAAGCAGCCUGGUACUAAUAUUGUUGACCGGAAAAAUAGCCAGACAAAAAAAGAUUUGAAGUUUCUAGAAAAAACAUCAGAAGAAACCAGUAAAGGAAGAAAGGCUGACGGCUUCAUGCUCACAAGGUCACAAGACAGUCUUCCAGUCGAUGGCGACUACAAAGCAUUGCAGGGUUUAGUGAAGCUGCCUUGUUCUAUGACUGAACACCAGAAACGUGUUGGGAAGGAAGAAGACUUGGAGAAGUUUCGAGAAAAACCAUCAGAAAACGCCAGUAAAGGUGAUAAGUCUGACAGCUUCAUGCUCGCAAGAUCAGAAGCUAGUCUUCUAGUGGAGGACAAAGCAUUGCAUGGUUUAGUGAAGCAUUCUGGAAAUACGUUUGGAGUGCAGAAAAGUACUGUAAGAGAAGAAGAGUUGAAGUUUCUUGACUCAGUGUCACGUCACAUGCAGACGCCUUUUUUGCUUGCUACUGACCAGCAGCAUGAAAUGAUCACUGUGAGUGGUUACAAAAAUGUGUAGCAUGUUGCUUCUUUAAUGCUUUUGAUCUUUCGCGGGUUUUUUUUACUUUACAGUACAUUGUGUGUGUGUUUGUUUGUGACUACUUGGAGCACUUUAUGUGAGAACUUGUUGCCUGCUAGACAAUGACAUUUGGAGAGGAUCUACUCAAUGAUAUCAACUAGAACGUCACUCAGUGGAUGAAGACUUCAACCACGUAUGACAACCCUAAUUGGGAAAAGCCCAUCCUUCACUCCCAAACAACCAAUGCCAAAUAUAACCUCCAAUGUCCAAAUAUAAAGCUACAUUUUUUUUGCUG